AUGAAAUUGCUCGAUUUCACAGUCCCUCUGGGCGGUGCGGAUGUUGAUAGCGAAGUCCAUUUGCUGCUCGACAAAAUAGAGAGCGUGAACUGGGACGCGAUUCCGCGUCAAAAUUCUUCCCGCUCCGUCACGCACCAACGUCUAUCAUUCUCCCCCGGACGGACUCGCUGUGCAGCAGGCGAUUUAGCCUGGUUCAACCCGUGGUCAGGAUCCCUGUCUUCAGCGGCGAAGGCUCAGCUGAGCCGCCGAUUUGGGAAUCAAAUUCCCCUCCCCGUCACCGAACUAGUUAUACCCACAGACCCCCGAGUCUCCAAUAUCUGCACAAGGCCAUCACGACCUUCAUCUCCGCGUUCUCGCGUCACUGCCGCUACGCCUCCUGUAGCUACUCGCGGCUCCCUCAACCUCCAUUGUCCAGCCGGUCUCACCAGCUGUGCCGUCAAUUCACUUGAGGUCCCAGCUUGUCCAUCCUCCGCCAUCUCUCCCGUGCACGAGCUCUCCCCCUGGCGUCCUCGUUGGAGGUCAGAUCUCCAAGGACAGAGGCCACUGAGAGCCUGUUUGUCCGUGCAAUUCCCAAAAGCCGAGGGGAACCAACCCCUCUCCUCCUCUCUCCAACACGUGACCUCAAACCCGCGUCGCGUGAGGCGACUUCUCCUUCACUCAAAAAUUCCAAAAAAUCUUGCCCUACUUCAGAUGUGUGCGCUUCCGUCCUGCGCGCUCAUGGCGUGGCGACGGAACCCAUCAAAGAGGUUUCGUUGGAGGACCUCAGGAUCCUCGCUCGACUACUCACAUUUCCUCCGGAAGGUAAAUCCUUCCGUGAGUCGCCUCCGUAAUUUGCCCUCGACCUCCAGCUCAUGA